CUCCAAAAUUUUGGAAGCUUUAGCCAGGAGCAUAACACCACAAGCAUAGCCAUCUGCAGCAGUGGAAAAAGGCACAACCAGAAAUGCAAUGUGCUUCCAUUUUAUAUCCUCACACCCAUAAAAUAUGGUGUUUUAAGCCAAGUCUUUCGGUUACCCCACCGCCCCAACAGCAACAGCAACGAGAAGAAGGAACCUCUCACGACGACAAAGCCAAGCUCAUAACCAGUGCUUCUAACCCAUUUGUGAAACACUGCCUCAAGCUUCGUAACUCCUCUUCCUAUCGCCGCGCUCACGCUUCUGCUCUCGUUGUCGGUGCUACCCCUAUCAGAGAAAUCCGCAGGUUUCAAGAGUUAUUACAAGAUGAAAGUGUUUCAAUGGAUUGUUUAAUUCUUCCUGACAAAGCUGAGAUACCUGACGGGUUGGAUAAAUCCACUGCUUCUAUUGUGCGUGUGAGCUCCACAGUGAUGAGAAAGCUUUCAGGGCUGCAAACUACUGACUCUCUAGAUGCAAUUGCGCUUAUGAAAAUUCCUGCCAGUUUUUUCAAUGUUGAUGAUGAUCAAAAGAACUAUCAGAAAGUGUUUUCAUCUGUUCAUCGGAUACUAGUCCUUGAUGGGAUUCAGGAUCCUGGCAACCUUGGUACAUUGCUCAGAUCAGCUGUGGCCUUCAGAUGGGAUGGAGUUUUCCUUCUUCCCGGCUGCUGUGAUCCAUUCAAUGAGAAAGCUCUUCGGGCUAGCCGAGGUGCUUCCUUUCAGAUCCCUGUUGUUUCUGGCUGCUGGAAUCACCUGGAGUCUCUUAAAGAAGAAUUUCAAAUGAAGUUGAUGGCUGGGCAUCCAGAGCUUGAAGAGUUGGUCAAGCCAGUGUGCUCUCUCUCUCCAACCUUGUGUGAUUCCUUAUCAGAUACAGCAUUGUGUUUGGUUUUAGGAAGUGAAGGAAAUGGUCUUUCAGAAUCCCUGCAGGCUUGUGAACUUGUGAGCAUUGCUAUGGCCGGAGACUACGAGUCGCUCAAUGUUUCGGUUGCCGGUGGAAUUUUCUUGUACAUGCUACAACCACAGAAUCAAUGAAUCUGUAUUUGUAUGGUAUGUUUUAAGUUCAUCAUAAGUUUCAUCCUCUUUUAGGGGGCUCCCAAAUGAGAGGGCCAUAAAAAAGCCCACCCACGAAUCCCCCUCUCAUGUGGAUUAGGGUCAAGACUAAGGUGGGUUUGGCACCCCUAAAAGCAAUACUUUAAGUCAGAAUCCAAGAUCACGCUGAGCCAUGUCGGGUAGGUCUAGACCGAAGAUCAAGACUAAGUGGCUGGCUCGGGUCGAAGGCGAAGACUAGCCAACCGGGGCUUACAGUCGAGACGAGUUGUCGAGACUGACGACUAAGACAGGUUGACCCGUCUCAGUUUAGGCCGAUCUGGUCAACAACCCAAGAUGAGCCAACAACUCAGAGGGGCAAAACUGCGCCCACAACCGAGAUGGGCCAUGUUAGUCAGAAGAUUAUAAUAUGGGGCAACCGUCCGAGAUGGGCCAGGCCGAGUCAGCCUAGCCGAUGCUAGAGACGAGUUGGCUUGAGUCAAUUGCCAAGUUAGGUCAGGUCGGGUCAAUGAUCGAGACGGGCCGAGUCGGCCUAGGUCGACGACAGACAUAGGCCUGCCCGGGCAGACAGUCGAGACGAGUCGGCCAGAGCAGACAAUCGAGACAAAUCGAGCCAAUCCGAUGACCAAUACAAGUCAGGCAUGGUCAACGGUCAAGACAGGCUAGGCCAGGCUAACGGUCUACAUAAGUCGGGUCAAGCUGAUGGCCGAGACGGGCUGGGCAUGGCCAACAACCAAAAUGGGUUAGGUCGACGGUCGACACAACUGUAUUGGGCAGACAACCCAAUUGUGCCAGCUCAGCCACACGACCUAGAUGGGCAUGUUGUUGGUGACUGAGGCGGGUCAAAAUUCGAGACAUGUCGAGACGAGUCGAUGGCUGAUACGAGCCGAGCUAGUCUAACACCGAAGAGAAGCCUGGUCGGGUCAACAGUCGAGAGAUAGGUCAAUAUGGCUGAUAGUCGAGACGGGACGACCAUGGUCGACAACCAAGACAGGUUGGGUCUUCGGGAAAGACAGGCUGAGCUGGGUCGGGUUUGGUCGAUAUUCGAGAUUGGCUGGUCCAGGUUGACGGGCGAGACAGGUAGACGACUGAUCUAGGUUGAUGGGCUGGGUCAACAACUGAAAUAGGUUGUGUUGACGGCUGAGACAAGUCAGACCAGUCUUAUGACCAAGAAUGGCCAGACCAGGAGAAUGGCCGAGACGAGUCUAGGUUCAGCCAGGGCUUAUUGUUGAGACAGGUUAGGCCAGGGUGACGACCAAGAUGGGCGGUCCCGAGUCGGCCUUGGCUAACAUCCGAAACGGGCCAAAAAUACGGCCGAGACGAGCCCACAGUCAAGAUAGGUUGGGCCAACGAUUGAGGCGGGCAGGCAUUGUCCCACGAUCGAGAGAGGUCGAGCCGAGCACACGACGAGACGAGCCCGGCAUGGCCAAUGACCACGACAGGUCGUGUCGAGCCCACUAUUGAGACAUGCUAGUCCAAGCUGACUACUCAGGUCGGCUUGUGCCCAUGACCCAAUCAUGCGUAACUAGGACGAGUCGUGGGUCGACCUGGACAAAUGACCCCGACGAUUGAAAUAGGUGGACUUUUGAUAUUGGCCUGUCUAGGCCAUCUAUCAUUUAACUAGGGCCAAAUCAUGUGGGUUUGACUAAAUUGAUUACUCUAGAAGUUACAUAUCAUUUAAAUUAUUUAAAUU